GUUUCGAUUGGGUUCUGGGGAUUGGGUUGCUUCUGCAUGCCUCUUGUUUCUUUUUAGUGUGUCACCUCUGCUUCUGAAUCUGAAAAACCAUGUGUGGAUUUUCACCACGAGAGAGAGAGAGAGAGAGAGAGAGAGAGAGAGAGAGAGAGAACCAUGAACGGUGGCUUGGGCGACGGCGGCGCAGGUGGUUGUUUCAUGGAUCGUCUGAACGGUGUGUUUGGGUCGAGAUCGAUGGGUUUUGACGAGAUCUGGAGGAAACGGUGGUGUAGUGGCUGAGUAGUUUGGAUUCAUGGAUUGGAGGCUAGGAGAAAAAUGACUAGAGGUUGGUUGAUAGAUAUAGAAGCUAUUAACAGAGAUAGAAAUUUGAGAAGAAAUGUGAAUUGGUUUCGCAAUAACCUCUUGGCUUGGGCAAAGCACCUAAGAAACAAUAGUUUUGGGUGUUUGGAAAUUUCUGGAAUUUGUGUUUGGUUUGUUUUCUGAAUGGGGAGAAGAUAACGAUGAUGAGUUGAAGAACAUUGAGGAGGGUUUUUCUGGAGAUGAUGGUGAUGAGUUAUGAUGACGGUGAUGAGCUCAAGAAGAUGAUGGAUGAUAUUAAAUUUGUUAAAAAUUAUCCCCAUGCGUUUAUUAAUUUGUUUGAGUUUUAAUUACUGGGUUAAUAAUUAACGUAAUCUUUCAUUAAUUAGUUUACUAAUAUAUAUGUUUUUUUAUUUUUUUUAAAAAAAACCUGCUAAACCUACUAUCAUAGGUUAAAAUAGCAUGGUGUAACUUUACACAAGUUUUUAGAAGACCAUAAUAAACUCCUCCCACAAAAACCUAACAUCUUUUAGGAUGAAGAAAUUGAGUGUUUGCAGAAGACCGCGCGAUAAAAUGGCGGGAGAGGAAAUGAAGUGAAAUUGAAUGGCAUCACAUCAUUCACACUUCCACUCUCUCUUGUUCGUUUUGGUGGUUGUUGUUGAUUGUUGAGGUCGCGUGAAAUGGAGGAGCAAUCAUCGCACAAGUGUUGGAGAAUGGAAGUGGAUGAGAAGCUGAAGAGGCUCCACUCUCUCUUGUUCGGCGCCGAGCGUGCCCUUGAAAACAACGACUUCUCCUCCGCCCACAUCCUCGCCCUCCGCCUCAUCGGAUUCCUCGACUCUCUCGAUCAUGCCGCCGCCGCCGCCGUCGAUCAAGCCUUCGUUCAUCCCAUUCGCCGCCAAGCACUCUCAACACUCCACUCCGCUCGAUCAUCCCUCACUCCUCUCACUGAUCGACAAGCUUUUGAGCAAGCGAAGAGGUCUCCAGGAGGAUCGGUUUUCGGCACAGCGGGAGAUAUUGACAUUCAGAAGAUUCGGAAUUCCAAGCACUUUCGCGCUCUUCUCAACCAAUCUGAAGGAAAAAAUGUGAAUCAAUUGGCUGAUCCACUAGGGAAGCAUGGCAAAGCAGGCAGCAAAGAAUCAAAGGAAAUGAUGCAAACAAAGUUAACAUCCAUGCAUGGCAAAAGCAACUUGAGUAGUAAUAAGGAUUCUAAGAGUUUUUUCAACUUAAGAAAUAACAGCUCUGCGGACUGCAUGAUUGUUGAAAGGCCUCAAUCACAUGCAAGUCGUACAAAGGGUAGCUGUGUCUCUUCUUUCUUGGAAGUUGAAGGAGAAAGAGCUUAUGGAAACAACUUUUCGACGAAACGCGCACACAUGGAAAAUAAUAGCCCCAGAGUUGGUUAUGUAAAGUCACCUUCAAGCAAGGAGGAACCUGAUGUUUGUAGCAACGGGUUCGUUACUGCCAGAGCCAAAUUGGAAAUAGAGGCAAAACAAAAGCGAGGAGUAGCUGGUUCACCUAGUACAGCUCAAUGCGAUAACAGGUUAUCUGGUGGGAGAUCAUAUGGUGUUUCACGACGAGGCUUCCGUGGUAAUUUUGUUCCCCCUAUUAAAUCCGUUGGGAACAAUACUGGAAAUAUGAGUUCUCGAAAUGCUGGAAAGUGUGAUGAUUCUUUAGAUGAAUCUACAAAGAGAUGUUUGGAAGUCCUUUAUGGUCCUGAUGGUGAGCUUCCUGAGAAAUUGAGAAAUUUGGAACCUCGCCUCAUCGAACAUGUUAGCAACGAGAUUAUGGAGAAAGAUCCCAAUGUCCGGUGGGAUGAUAUUGCUGGAUUGGACCAUGCCAAGAAAUGUGUCACUGAGAUGGUCAUAUGGCCUCUGCUACGUCCUGACAUAUUUAAGGGCUGCCGUUCUCCUGGGAGAGGUCUACUUCUAUUUGGUCCACCUGGAACUGGUAAAACAAUGAUUGGAAAAGCCAUAGCAGGGGAGGCAAAGGCAACCUUCUUUUACAUAUCUGCUAGUUCGUUGACUAGCAAGUGGAUUGGUGAAGGUGAAAAGCUAGUAAGAGCCCUCUUUGGAGUUGCCAGUUGUCGUCAGCCAGCAGUAAUUUUUGUUGAUGAAAUUGAUUCACUCCUGUCUAAGCGCAAGUCAGAUGGUGAGCAUGAAUCAAGUAGACGGCUGAAGACACAGUUUCUCAUUGAAAUGGAAGGCUUUGACAGUGGUAGUGAGCAAAUUCUGCUUAUAGGAGCAACAAAUCGUCCCCAAGAGCUAGAUGAAGCAGCACGAAGGAGACUUACCAAAAGACUUUAUAUUCCCCUACCAUCCUCAGAGGCAAGAGCUUGGAUUAUACGUAACCUUUUAGACAAGGAUGGAUUAUUUAAGCUUUCAAAUGAGGAAAUGGAUAUCGUAUGCAACUUAACGGAAGGUUAUUCAGGAUCAGACAUGAAAAACUUGGUAAAGGAUGCUUCCAUGGGUCCCCUAAGAGAGGCUUUAAAGCAAGGCAUAGAAAUUACAAAUUUGAAAAAGGAGGAUAUGCGGCCAGUCACUCUUCAGGACUUCGAGAAUGCCCUGCAAGAGGUGAGGCCUUCUGUUUCGCCAAAUGAACUUGGUACUUAUGAGCAAUGGAAUAAACAAUUUGGAAGUCUAUCAUUGUGAUUACAUGUGUUAAUCAUUGGCGCAAGCAAGUGCAAUACUCUGACUAGUUUUUUUAGAAAACCCGGUCACUGCUGGGAGUAUUGAUAAUGAACAUGGUCGCUGUUCGGGAUUAGCUACACAAAUUUGCAAAACUUCACUAAAUUGUGUGCUUGAUAAUUUGUUAUUUUGCUCAAUUCCCAAACUGAAUGUUAUUCUGCAUAGUUUUGUAGCUUAUACUUUGUUAUUGCCUGCGAGUUUAUAUCCAUGCUUCUAUAUUGACCAUUUAGAAGUGUGCAAAUGCAAUCAACAUAUGUCCUUGGAAGUUUCAUCUCAAUUAGAAAAACAAAAGAUUCAUUAUA